AUGAAAAGGCAAAGAAAUAGAAGAAAUGUAACAAUAAAAAGAGAAAUAGUAGAAAAAAAAAAUAAUUUAUGUUAAAGCUUUAUAAAUGUCGAAAAUAAGUAUAUUUUGGAUUGUUUUCAUGGGUAAACCAGAAGUAUCAGUAGUUAUGGUAAUGAGUUUGGAUGGAUGAGUAAAUUUUAGAUUAGAUUCAAAAACAUUUUGCCUGAUUAUAAAACUAAACAAUCAAUUCAUGAAAUAGAAAUCAAGGAAAAAAGGAGAAGAUAAACACAACUUAUGGAGGAUAUGGCUAUUUUAAAAUUAAGAAGAGGAAUUUAAGAUAUGAAUAAAAGUAAAACAAUAAUAUAAACACUUAAAAUGCUUAAGACAUCUAAUUAAGAGUUUCAUGAGACAAUUAAAUAAUUAAAAUAGACAUCUAAUUAAAAAAGUACAUAAAGAAAAAGAAGACAUAGUUGUUAUUGUUCAUAAUGUGGUAAAAUGAGUGAAAAAUAAAUCAGACAUUAAAAUGAUCCAUUUUUUGACAAAUUUAAUAAGUUUUUAUAAUAAAUCAAAAACUCAAACAGUACACCAAGAAGGAAUAAGUACUAAAAUAAAUUAAAAUCUCAAAUAUAAUAAGAAAAUAUGAAAAUAUCAUAUAUAAGUCAAAAUAAGUCGCCCAUCAACAAAUAUAAAUCUGUCUCGAGAACUACUAAAUUACUUUUAGAGUAAUCAUAAACAAAGAUAUUUUAAUAUAAUUAAAGAUAUUCGGCAUUUCCAUCUCAAAGAGUAAAAACUGAACCAACAUAAUUAUCACCUCGAUCUUUUAAACUAUAUCCAAUUCAAUUGAAAAAAUUAAGAUAAGUUUAAUCAACAUAUAAGUCAAAUCAACUAAAAGAUAGUUUCAAAACGUUAGCUAGUAUUUAUAGAUGA